AUGGCUUCGAUCAUCGAGUUGGCAGGGGAAGCCAACCCGCUGACACCGCAUAAUGUUCUCAAUGCACUCAUCUUAGCGGCGAGCUCAACCCAACAGCGGGUGCAAACGGGUACCCAACAACUCCAGAAUUGGGAGAAACAGGAGAUGUACUACACAUACCUUCAGGACGUAUUCCUAGAUCAGUCCGUCCCAUCGGAAGUUCGAUACCUUGCCAUCAUCCAGUUGAAGAACGGCAUCGACAAGUAUUGGCGAAAGACCGCUACUAAUGCCAUCAAAAAGGAGGAGAAGGAACAGAUCAAGCUCAGGGCACUCCAAGCUGGUGUCGUGGAACCUGCCCCUCUACUCGCCCUUCACAAUGCCUUGAUGCUGGCUAAGAUAAUGCGCUACGAGUUUCCUCAAGACUGGCCUGACGCAAUCUCCUCGAUUAUCGCCUUCCUCCGCUCCUCCACCCAGCCUGGCGCGAACCCGUUACAAUUACCCCGGACCCUUAUCAUUUUACUGCAGAUUAUCAAAGAGCUAUCAACAGCUCGCUUACAAAGGACUCGUGCCAACCUUCAGUCCGUGGCACCCGAGGUCUUCCAUCUGCUUGGUGGCAUAUAUGUGGAUAAGGUGAACACCUGGGUACCUUGGCUGGAGCAAGGAGGAGCUGAUGAGACAGCAUUGCUGGGGAUGAUGGAACAAAGCCUUGUGUCUCUGAAGGUUAUCCGACGCCUGGUAAUUGCCGGUUUUGAGCAUCCUAACCGGGAUAAGGACGUUCGCGAGUUCUGGGUCCUCACUCAUGCCCACUUCAGCAGAUUUCUGAACUUCGUCAAUGGCCCUGCAGCCAUUUCAGAUCCGUUUAAAAGGGCAGUCGAAAAGCAUCUUUUACAACUCUCUAAGCUCCAUGUGGAAAUGGCCAAGGACCGACCGGCCUCUUUUGCAUUGCUACCCGACAGCAUUCGUCUUGUUCAAGCCUAUUGGACUCUGGUCACUCAGCUCGGCGAACACUACAGCGAGCUCGGAGCUGACGGAGAAUCAGAGGGCAAGUCUCUAAUGGAAAAAACAGGGCUGAGAGCGCUCCUUCUGAUCAGAGCUUGUUCGAAAAUGGCAUUCAACCCUGCGCAGACAUUCAAGUACCAAACUGCAGAGGACAAGGAAGAGAAGAAGCAAUCUGUUGAACUCAUCAAAGCCGAACUUUUCACGCACGACUUCGUCGUUAGUGUUAUGGAACUCUUGGUUACCCAAUUCUUUCGAUUCAGAAAGAACGAUUUUCAAGAAUGGGAAGAAGACCCAGAAGAAUGGGAGAGAAAAGAAGAGGACAUCGCCGAGGCAUGGGAGUUUUCCAUACGGUCUUGCUCGGAAAAGCUCUUCCUUGACCUUGUCAUUCACUUCAAGGAACUGCUCAUCCCCCGUCUGCUGCACGUCUUCUAUGGCUUCGCAAGCCCCGACAACCACGACGUGCUGUUGAAGGAUUCGCUUUACUCGGCCAUUGGAUUAUCUGCAGCUAGUCUAGAACAGCACCUGGACUUCAACAAAUUCCUCGAGGCCACACUCGUGCCGGAAGUUCAACUUCAAGAGCAAGGCUAUAAUCUUCUUCGAAGAAGGAUCGCUAUUCUCCUGGGCCAGUGGGUUCCAGUCAAGGCGAGCGAGCUCAACCGAAAUGCCGUGUAUCAAGUAUUUCAGCAUUUGCUCAGUCGGAAAGACCCGUUGAAUGACCUGGUUGUACGCAUCAGUGCUGGUAGACAGCUGAAGAACGUGCUCGACCCUUUUGAGUUCUCACCGACUGAAUUCUUGCCAUAUGCUCCUUCCAUUCUCCAAGACCUGAUGUCUCUUGUUCAAGAAGUGGAGCUCUCAGAGACUAGGAUGGGCCUACUCGAUACUGUUCGUAUGGCUGUGGUCAAGAUGGAAGAUCAUAUUGCUCCCUUCUCGGACCAAAUUCUGUCUUUGCUGCCACCUCUUUGGGAAAGCUCUGGAGAAGAACACCUGAUGAAGCAAGCCAUCCUCACUCUUCUCUCGUCCCUCAUCCAUUCUCUCAAGCAAGACUCAGUUCGAUACCACUCAAUCAUCUUGCCUCUAAUCCAGAACUCUGUCGAGCCAGGCUCUGAGACCCUCAUUUACCUGCUCGACGAAGCUCUCGACCUCUGGUCUGCGAUCCUUAUGCAAACACCCUCCCCGGCUUCUCCAGAGAUCUUGUCCCUCAUUCCAGCCCUUAUGCCCAUUAUGGAGGCAGCCACGGAUAGCGCCCCACAAGCCCUUCAAAUUGUUGAAUCCUACAUUAUUCUCGCCCCUCAGGAGAUUCUCAGCGAUCGGAUUCGCUUCCCACUACUCGUCUCCCUUGAGACACUCCUGAAGAUCACCACUCGCCAGCGGCUGGGCGUCGUACCCCGUCUCGUGGAAUUGAUGCUUCGUGGCGCCGAAGCGGUAGAUGGCGGUAGCGAGAGCACCUACAACGUGAUCACCCGUUCCCUCCUCGACAGUUCCUUCCUUCCUGCCCUUUUGGAGGGACUCCACUCUGCCUACGAAGCCAGUCAAACCACGGGACCCAACCGCAAACAGACCUCCGUCUAUGGAGUUGUGGAGACGGACUAUUUCUCUGUCCUUGCACGCCUCGCCGUGGCCCACCCCAAGAUCUUUACUUCCGCCGUGGCCUCUGCCACCAACACUUCUGAGGAGCAAGCUCUCGCCUGGAUCUUGACGGAGUGGUUUCUCCACUACGACAACAUCGGUAGCAGCACCCAGAAGAAACUGCACGCCCUCGCUCUCACCCAACUGCUCACCCUGAAUGGACCCGAUUCCCAGCCUCCGACUUAUCUCCUCAACAACCUCCAGUCCUACAUGACUAUGUGGACCGACAUCGUGACCGAGCUCUCCGAAGACGCCGGUGGCACAAACCCCGACGACCCGCGCGGCGGCGACUACCUCAUCUACUGGAACAACGCCCAAACGGCCGCCGGCGACGAGCACGAACCGCCGGAGAAUGAGCGUCGUCGCGCCUGGGAUGAAAUGGACAUCCUGCACAAGGUCAACAUCCGGGAGUUCAUCCGGGAGCGUCUCCGUUCCGUCAUCGUCGCCUGCGGAGGCGAGCAGCGCUUCCAGGAGGAUUGGCUGCUGAACGUUGACCGGGAGGUGGUUGCGGCUUUCGGGGCUCUGGGCUUGCUCUGAAAGACCUAGGGGAGCGCGCCCGUUCGGAUCCACUAAUUCCCUUUCGUACAUUUUUCCGACCUUUUCACACUUCUGAUGAUCAUGUGUUGCCCUGCAUAUGCCUGCCGUUUGUUGCAUCGUAUCUAUGCAUCCCAUCUACCAUGCUUGCUCGUCAUUCUUCCGACAAAGAUUCAUUUCCCCGCCAGUUCUCUUACAUGGACAGACUGUUUUUUCCUCUCUCUCUCUCGUCAUUUUCUUUUUCAUCUUCCCCGUGUCUCUGUUGACGAUAACUGUUACCGAAAUACCCCAUACAUAUAGAUAAGUUCAUGGUUCGAAUGAAUGGAUAGUC